CAUGCGACCCAAACCCUAAACUUCAACCUUUCCUUCAUAUCAUUCACAUCAAAGUGCCAAGCCAACUCUUUUCAGUGGAAGAUAUUAAAAGAAAGUAAUAAAUCAAUCCCUUGUUUUCUUCUGAUGUUUCCGCGAAAUCGAGACGACCCUCCUCCUCCAUUUCAGAUCCCUCUUCACUUUCAGAGUUUUUCCGACCUCUACUUGCUAUGCGAAGGUGAUUUUAGAAGUAGAGGAGGUUGGGUUUCUUCCUUCUGCUGACUCCAUUUCUGAAAUAUGGGUGAGAAAUUUUGGGCGAACGAAGAAAAGAGGGUUUUGGUGGAAUCAGUUGUUGGUAGUGAAGCUUGUGAGUUCUUGAUGUCGUUGGCGUCUAGUAAUAUCUUGGCUGAGGACUUGCAGUUGUCUCUUGGUGAUUUUAGUGUGAAUCAGGGGCUAACUAAACUUUUGGAUGGUUCAAGUUGGAACUAUGCAAUCUUUUGGCGGGUGGUUAGCUUGAAAUCUGGGGCCUUGGCUUUAAUCUGGGGAGAUGGGAACUGUAAUGAUGAAAAGAUUGGAAUUGCAAUUCCUGGUGGGGAUGGUCAGGGAGAGAAGAAAGAGGAAUUGAAGAGGCAAGUGCUUCAAAUGCUUCAGUCCUCUUUUGGAGGGUCUGAUAAAGAUGGAUAUGGGGCAAGGAGGGAGGAAGCCUCAGAUAUCGAGAUGCUUUACCUAACUUCAAUGCACUAUAAGUUCAUGUGUGACUCGGGAAGCAGUCUGGGGGAGUCAUAUAAAUCCGGCAACUCUUUAUGGGCUUCGGAUGUAACGAGUUGUCUGCGUAAUUAUGAAUCGAGAGGGUUUUUAGCGAAAAUGGCUGGUGUCCAGACAUUGGUCUUUGUACCUGUAAAGUUGGGAGUUGUUGAACUUGGUUCCGUUAAAUCAAUUCCUGAAGAUCAGGGUGUUGUAGAGUUGGUUAGAGCGGCCUUUGGGGGAUCAAACACUGCCCAAUUAAAGACCUUCCCAAGGAUCUUUGGUCAUGAGUUAAGUUUAGGUGGAACUCAACCUCGAUCGCUGAGUAUUAACUUUUCACCGAAGUUGGAAGAUGAUACAAAUGUUUCUUCCGAAGGUUUUGAGCUGCAAGGUUUAGGUGCUAAUCAUGUAUUUGGAAAUUCUUCCAACGGGGGUCGAAGUGAUGAUAAUGAUGCAAAGAUGUUUCCACAUGCUCAGACGAGACUUUCGAGUUUGGAGUUUCCAAGGGACGAGUCAUCUCCUAAAGGGGAUGACAGAAAACCUAGGAAGAGAGGGAGAAAGCCUGCUAAUGGGAGAGAAGAACCAUUGAAUCAUGUGGAAGCAGAGCGGCAGAGACGUGAGAAGCUUAACCAACGAUUCUAUGCAUUAAGGGCUGUUGUCCCAAAUAUCUCUAAGAUGGACAAGGCUUCUCUGCUCGGCGAUGCCAUUACGUAUAUCACCGACCUUCAGAUGAAAAUUAAAGUUAUGGAGGCUGAAAAACAGAUCGCUAAUGGCAGGCAGAAAAGUGCAGAGGUUGAUUUUCAGGCAAGGGAAGAGGAUGCUGUUGUGAGGGUGAGUUGUCCUCUGGACUCGCACCCUGUUUCUAGAGUUAUCAAAACAUUUAGAGAACACCAAAUUGAAGCUCAAGAAUCCAAAGUUACGACCACAUCCGACAACGAUAAAGUCAUUCAUUCAUUCUCCAUUAGAACUGAAGGUGGCGGUGCAGAACAGUUGAAGGAGAAGCUGCUGGCUGCCCUAUCAAAAUGAUAUCAUUUGUAAAGUACCUCUUUUAUAUAUACAUCAGGCCAAGCCUCAACAUGUUGAUUUUCAUGUAGUUUCUUUACUUUGUUGCAUUACGAUGUGGAAAUUUCUUAUUAGUGAAGUCUGCAAAAACCAAGUUACAUUCUCCCUUGUAUGUUUAAUGUCUAAAUGUGGCAUCUUCUAUAUUGGAUUGUUAUAAGUUAAUGAACUGAUUAUCAAUGAAAACUGUGUUUAAAUCUUCAGAUCAA